AUGCUAUUUACCUCAUUUACAUCUAUACCUGCUGGAUUAUUUGAUGGCACUUUUCAUGUUCCAAAUCUUAAUGGUAAUAAUUUUACUGAAUGGAAAGAGAACUUGCUCUUUACAUUAGGGUGUUUGGAAUUAGACCUGGCACUCUGGACGGAUGAACCACCUGCUUUAACGGCUACCAGUACUACAUUAGAGAUAGCUAAACAUGAAAAGUGGGAGCGAUCUAAUCGCCUCAGCUUAAUGUUUAUGCAAUCUCAUAUUGCCAAAGGCAUUAGGGGUUCCAUCUCUGAAUGUUCUAAGGCUAAGGAUUUUUUGAAAGCCGUUGAAGAACAGUUUGUGAGUUCAACUAAAGCCAUGGCCAGCACUCUAAUGAAGAGACUAUCAAGUCAAGCCUUCGAUAGUUCCAAAAAUGUGCGUGAGCACAUCAUGGAAAUGAGGGAUAUAGCAGCUCAAUUAAAAUCCCUUGAGGUUGAGAUUUCCGAAUCCUUCUUGGUCAUUUGA